UGAAAUGAAACAAUUAUUAAAUGCUAAUGGAAGCAAAGGAAUUUCUUUCGUUCUCCAUAAAGCGAACCCACUAGCAUUUGCAUACCAUAUAUCUUCUUUGACUAAGUUCAGCACAUCAUCCCCUUCUUCGCCACCAAGAAAACCCUAAGCCUUACAUAAAAUACAAGGUAUUGAAAGAGAAGUUGGACAAAGAAAGAGAAAUGAGUCUGCUUUCGAAUGCAGAUUGGGGACCAAUCGUUGUUGCAGUGGUCUUGUUUAUCCUCUUGUCGCCAGGGAUGAUGUUCCAAUUGCCAACGAGGACAAGGGUGAUAGAGUUUGGCAACAUGUGCACAAGUGGGAUAGCCAUCUUGGUUCAUGCCAUAAUAUAUUUCAGCUUAUUCACCAUCUUGAUCAUGGCAAUUGGUAUUCACAUACAUGUUUACUAGUUGAUCCAAAAUCUUAACAAAAAGGGUAGGCUCUUCUUUGGCUCCUUUCCUUAAUUUGUCUUCACUGUUAUUUCAUUGAUGUUUGUAAGAGAAAAUUUGAAUAGUGUAAUGAUGAAUCUAUUUCUCCGUAAGAUAGUUUGUUAUAUAUGAAGUUGUAGAGGGAUAUUGAUACAUUUUGAAUAAGUAUCUGAAGUGUCAUUUGUCCAGAAUAA